ACUCCGCCUAUACUGCUGCACAUGGCCAACCUCGUGCAGGCUGCGCCCUCUCUUCCCCCCUGCCUCCCACCCUCCUACAGCUAGCCGCACUACAUCUUCCUUCGCAGACUGCCUACUCGGCCGGCGGCCAUACUUCUCUAGUUUAUACUACCCCGGAUCCCCUUGCUUUGCGCGCGCUAGUAGGAGUACGCCGCCUGCCGCCAUCUCCGUUAGACUAGUCGCCAGCGCCAUAUGGAGGACUACGGCGGCGUGGCGAGCCUGGUGGCGUCCGGGGUGGUGUUGUGGUCGACGGCGUUCCUGCUGCUGCGGGCGCUGCUCCCCAAGCGCUCCUACGACUUCUGCAACCGCGCGGUCUCCACCAUGCACGCCGUCGCCGGCGUCGCCCUCGGCUGCCUCUCCGUGCAGGACUGGGCCUCCCCCGUCUCCCCCGUCGCCUCACCCUCCUCGCCAAGCCAGAUGAGGGCGCUGGCGGUGACGCUGUCCUACAUGAUCUACGACGGGGCGUGCUGCCACCUGAGCGGCGACGCGCGGCUGGACAACGCCUUGCACCACCUCAUCAGCAUCGUCGGCCUCGCCGCCGGCCUCGCCUACCAGAGGUGUGGGACGGAGCUGGUGGCGUGCCUGCUCGUCACGGAGAUAUCCAGCCCGCUGCUGCACCUCAGGGAGAUGCUCAAGGAGCUCGGCGUCAAGGACACGGACCUCAACCUCCUCGUCGACAUCCUGUUCGCGGUGACCUUCUCGGUGGCACGGAUGGUUUGCGGGACGUACGUCACCUACCGCACUGUCACGGCUGACAACCCCAUCCUCAUCAAGGCGAUGGCGACGAGCUUGCUGCUGGUGAGCGCCUACUGGUUCUUGAGGAUCCUCAGGAUGGUCAGGCACAAGAUUGGGAAGAAGAGGCUGGCGUCCAAAGCCGCCGGCAAGGAAUCUAUGUGAUGCCACAAGUGGUGUCUCGCCGCAAUUAUUGUUGAAAAUGCACGUUAUGUAGUAGUACUACUAUCUAGCGCAUUAAUCGUGUGGUGGGUAAAGGAUGAUGUCCCAAGCAUGAGAUGCAUGUAUUCUGGUCAUUUCCAUUUUAUUAAUGUGCAUGAACUGUUAAUGUCA